AUCCAGCAUAGGGGACGACGGUCUACGAAUGAAUACCGACGGAUUUCCUGCCACUGCGUUUUGGACCGGAUCAUUCAUCGUAAACGGUGGAACCUGGCCAUCUGACGGUUCACCAUCAACAGCAUCCUUGAGAGGGCAAACGCAAACCACACGGCUCUCGCUUUCAGUUUAUCCUCCCGGCUAAAGAUAGCUGGUCCUGCGUUCAGUGUGACCGCUCAAGCAGUCAUGUGUCUCCUAGGACUCGGAGCUCGACACGGCAUGUGGUGAAGUCUCCGCUCGACCACCAUGUCGUCGACAGGUUCCAACUUGAAGGGGAUCGCGUUCAUAGGUGCUGGUUUGUACGCCAAAGAAACUCUCGCGAGCACGCGCGCCGUCGCGCUCCCGCUCAAAGCGGUAUGGUCGCGCACACAGAAGAGCGCGGCGGAGCUCUCGGCCGAGGCUGCCUCGCAGCUCGGCUUGGCUCCGGAUGUUUACUACGAUGUUCCUGAUGCUAGCGACGGGGACGAGAAAGCCACGGCGCGGAGCCUCGCUGCGCUCCUCGCGCGCGAGGAUAUCGUCGCCGUGAAUAUUAUCCUGCCCAUCUGCGCGCAGCCCGCGGUGAUCCGCGAGGCGCUCGCGGCGGGCAAGCACGUGUUGAGCGCGAAGCCGAUCGCGCCGGACGUGCGGGAGGGGAAGGCGCUGGUUGCGGAGUACGAGGGGCGGUAUAAACGCCGAGGGCUGGUGUGGAGGAUUGCGGAGAAUUUUGAGAGCGAGCCUGGGUAUGUUGCUGCUGGGCGGGCGGUGAGGGAGGGGAAGAUUGGGAAGGUGAAUUUUUUUAGUAUGAGGUCGGUGGGGUAUAUGGAUAAGACGUCGAAGUGGUAUAAGACGCCGUGGAGGACUGUGCCGGAUUAUCAGGGUGGGUUUCUGCUAGAUGGAGGAGUGCACCAAACAUCCGCGCUCCGCAUCAUGCUAUCUCCGGUAACCCACCUCACCGGCUUCGCGUCAUUGUACAAGUCCUAUCUCCCGCCGCACGACACGACGCACUCGGUCCUCAAGACCGCCUCGGGCGCGCAAGGCAUCCUCGAAAUGACGUUCGCCGCACCUUCGUCGACCCUCACCAAGGGCAACGGCACGACCAUCUCUGGAUCUAACGGAUGGCUUUCCGUCGAGAGCGCGAGGGGCACGGACGCAUCCGGGAAGGAGAUCGGCGUCAUUCGCGUGACCACCAGGUCCGUCGAGGUGUCAGAGGACGGAAAGGCGGGCCCGGAGACGGUCGAGACGGCAGAUUAUCCUGUCAGGGGCGUUGAGGCGGAGUGGGAGAGCUUUUUUGCUGUUGUUAAAGGGGAGAAGGACGAUGGUCUAGGGAGCCCGAGGGGCGCGUUGGCGGAUGUGGCUAUCGUCGAGGCGGCGCUGACGAGUCAGGGGGAGUUGGUUGAUUUGGUCAAGCUGAUUUCGUAGUCGACUCUGUGUAGAGUGCACAAAUCGCGGAUGAACAGCUAAAUCUGGAGACCCUAUGGGAUGUAGCAGGUACAUGUGUAUCACCCGGCGAGUUUGC